AGCCACUAAGAAAAUCAGCCGACAAUGAAAGCUCGAAUAUUCCAGAAAUUAUAGUGGGAAGAAGAGCAUGUUCUCAUCCUCUGUGAUAAUCAGUAAUACAAAAUUACGGACCCAGAUUGAAGUUAGAGAGACUUUUUUUCAGAAAGAGGCUGCUUUCAGAGCUAGUUUCAGUGACGGAAAUGGCUGGUGCUGAUAAUGUCGCCCAUGAUAUUCAAUCUAUCCUCUCUUCUUCGGGGAGGGAUUAUCUCGUUCGGAACAACGGCGAUCAGGUUAAAAUUGAGAGCUUGAAAGGGAAGAAAGUUGGUUUAUAUUUUUCAGGAUCUUGGUGCGGCCCCUGCCGAGGAUUCACCCCUACUUUGGUGGAGUUGUACAAUGAAGUCUCACCUAAAGGUGACUUUGAGAUCAUCUUUGUGUCAGCUGAUGAAGAUGAAGAUUCCUUCAAAGGUUACUUUUCAAAGAUGCCAUGGCUUGCUGUCCCAUUUUCUGAUUCCGACACUCGCAGUAGCCUCGACCAAUUGUUCCAAGUGCAGGGGAUUCCCCACCUCGUGAUUCUGGACGAGAAUGGGAGAGUCGCCACUGAAGAUGGAACUGAGGCCAUUGACGAGCACGGCGUUGCUGCAUACCCUUUUACUCCUGAGCGGUUUGCAGAGCUUGCUGAGAUAGAGAGGGCCAACGAGGCAGCUCAGACCCUUGAAUCUAUUCUGGUUUCUGGAGAUCUAGAUUUUGUCUUGGGGAAAGAUGGGGUCACGAUUCCAGUGUCAGAUUUAGUGGGAAAGACAGUCCUCCUAUACUUCUCAGCUCAAUGGUGCCCACCAUGCCGUGCAUUUCUACCAAAGCUUAUAGAAGCAUAUCACAAGAUCAAGGCCAAGGACAAUGCACUUGAAGUCGUCUUCAUAUCCAGUGACAGGGACCAGGCCUCGUUUGACAAAUUCUUUGCUGAAAUGCCAUGGCUGGCGCUUCCUUUUGGAGACUCUAGGAAGGCAUUCUUAGGUCACAAGUUCAAGGUGCAAGGCAUUCCCAUGUUGGUGGCCAUCGGACCUAGUGGCCGAACCAUCACGAAAGAAGCCAGAGGACUCAUCACGCUUUAUGGUGAUGAAGCCUAUCCUUUCACUGAGGAAAGGGUGAAAGAACUUGAGGCAGCAGCUGAAGAACGACGUGCAUUGGAGGGAAGAGAAAUCUAAACAAGGUCCCAAUGAGGAAGAUGAGAAUAAGAAAGAUUUGGGGUUUGGGAUAUAGAAGUUUGCACUAUAGCCUAAAUAAAAGUUAAGAGUGAAGUUUGCACUAAAGUUAAGAGUGAAGUUUGCCCCUAAGCCUCUUGUGUGUAUCUCUUGUGUGUAUUUCAGAGUUUGUAUGAUGUUGUGUUGGAUUUUAAUGUUAUAAAUAAACACUAGAGUUUGCCCCUGUACCAUGUACAAGUAUACUUCAGCUUUAUUGAUGUUUUUCUUUUUUAAA